AGAAAGUCAAUGCAAAGCAGCAAGCAAGAAGAAACCUACACAAACAUGGCGGCGUUAUCGUUGUGUUUCUCGAUGUCGUGAUCAAAGUGGUCGCCGAUUAAACUGCCUUCCUAUGUUAGAUGACCGGUGAUGGGACAUCACGCUCCGCUGCUACUGCUAUGGGGUCUCUUCACGUUCGCCUUGUUUCCCACUGCGACGAGUUCGGACUGCAGUAUCAUGAACUGCUAUGCCAACUAUAAGGAUGGUUCUUGUGACAACGUGGCAGAAUUUCGUGCCUGUCUAAGCCAAUUGGCCAAGAAGUGUUCUUACGACUUGACGUAUAGAGCUGUACAGGCCAGUCUCAGCCAACUGAACUGCAGUGAUGCUGCGGCCACAGAGACUCCAAAACGCAGACCAACCAAGGAAACAUGUCUGUGGCGUUCUGCAGGUGAGCCCAAGGAGGAGUGGCGCCAGUGCAUACUGUAUGGAGACACCCACCUGCGCACUUUCGGGGGAGAGCUGCAGACUUGCCGUGCAAUGGGUGCCCGGCCCCUCGUGGACAAUGCCUAUCUAACGGUGCAGGUGACCAACAGUCCUAUUGGCGACAAGGCAACAGUGCUUUCCAAGGUGACUAUUGGGAUCCAUGCGCAUGGAGGCUGUGCAACGGAAAAAACUUACGAAGCCGACAUCAAGGACAACCCAUUACCAACUGUUUUUGUUGAUGGGUCACCUUCAGCAGGCAAAGGAGUUCGUCUGACACCACUCAAUUCAAGCUUCGUGGAGCUUGUCCUGAGCCACGCAGGAGUCCGGCUACUGAUCCGGCAGCAAGGCGACUUCCUCUCGGUGGCCCUGCGACUUCCAUCCUCUUUUGCCGGUCACCAGCCGUCGCAGCUGUGUCUUCAGGGCUGCUCCUUAUCGGAGCGCGUGCAAGUUCCCCAAGGGGAACCUGCUUGGCGAUUGGAAGAAGCAGAUGCAGCAUGUCGUGCUGCGAACUUGACGGGGGCUUACAGGGAUGCGUGUGUGUUUGAUGUGUUGGCAACGGGACAGAAGGAAAUGGCAGCCGAAGCCAGUGCAGCGGCUGUGGCCGACCUGAAGGAACUGGGUGCAGCAGCAGCUCCCCAAGUAAUUCAGCAGCCCUCUGCGGCUGCGCUGGGAAGUGCAUCUGCCGCAGCCAUUGUGGCCAACCUGUUACUGACAGCAUGGCUUCAUUCAGGAAGCUGCUCUGUAUUGCUUGGGGUAGUAAGGUAAAACAGUAUUCACAUUGCCCUGCACUUUGUGGAGGCCUUCAAAGAUGAGGCACCACAUGUAUGAAGCUGGCAAGAAGAGAGUUACUUCUGCACAGCGAGUUCUACCCACAACCACUGCAUAUUCAUCAUGGAAGUGUAGUCAGAAUCAACCUCUCCUCAUCAACUAAAGGACUACCGUUUACAGUUGUCAGCCAUUGCACCGGCUGCUGUUCUCAGGAACUUUUUGACAUUGCGUCAUGUGUGACACUGUGCACAUUAUGCAAGGUGUGUGCUCUUCAGUGUUUCUGGAUGUUUGUUCUUUGCCGUUCUGUCAAAAUAGAGUAGCAAUGGUGAGUGACCAUCCGCUCAAUGAUAAUUUAUGUGCCAUAAGAGGGCACCAUAUAGGGCUGUGUUUUGUUUUGACUCAUCUCAUUUUCCAUUCUUUAUAUAUUUGUUGUGCCAAGUAACUAAUCCUGGCGAUAAUGGCCGUGGUGCCAGAACGACAGACGCGAAGCAGAAAGACUGGAAAAUGAAAUAGAUCGGAAGAAAAAUGUAGGCCGAGAUCAGUUAACCUGCCAAGUGAACAAUGGAGUGUUUUGGAACUAAAUUCUUUAAAUCAUUGUGGGUUUGAGAUAGAAUUAGUUUAGCUGACAGUCGUUUUAUAUGUAUCUAUCUGUAUGUAUAUAU